GCAAGUGUCUUAAAUAAAAACACAUUAGUAUAGUUAAUUAAUGAUAAGAUUUCCAAGUGGGCAGAGUAUAUAUCCCGGCUCACGGUUCAAGACCCAGCAGUUGUCACAGAGAACGCAGGAUGACAGACAAAGAAGAUUUACAGUUGACAACCCUCUCGUAUGGGAAUGAGCAAGGUGUGGACAAUCCAGCAUUUGUGAAGGACGAUAAAUUAACAGAUGACCUGAGUGACAGUGACAAAGAGGAGUCCGAGAAGGAGUCAAAAUCAUGUCUAAGCAAAGCAUGCAUACCCAUCACGGCCACAGAGACCUUCUGCAAGACACACUCCAAAAUAAUCAAAUACAUUGCUUUGGGAAUACUUGCUGCAGGUUAUUUGGCAUACUUCAUUGCUGCAUGUUAUUUAAACUUCCAGAGGGCAGUUGCUUUGGUUGUCCUCACUUGUCUGUGCGUGUUUAUCAUCGUGUGUGAAUUGGUGAAUAAGUUCAAGGGUGACAGCAUAAGGAGGCUUUUCAAGCCUGUGCAAAGGUGUUUCAAAUCCAAUAUCAGAUGGAUAAAAUGGGUGUUCAUAGUAAUUGUGGUGGGACUGCUGGUGGCAUGGCUGGCAAUCGACACACGAAAGCGCCCAGAGCAGCUCAUCUCUUUUGGUGGUGUCUGUCUGUUCAUUAUUGCCAUAUUUCUCUUCUCUGCACACAGAACCGCAGUGAGCUGGAGGACAGUCUUCUGGGGCCUCGGUUUACAGUUUGCCAUUGGCCUGUUUGUCAUUAGGACAGAGCCUGGUCUUGUAGCAUUCGAAUGGCUUGGAAAGCAAGUUCAGAUAUUUCUGGACUACACAAAAGCUGGUUCAUCAUUUGUGUUUGGAAACCUCAUUGACAACAUAUUUGCUUUCCAGGCUCUGCCUAUAGUGGUGUUCUUCAGCAGUGUAAUGUCAGUGCUGUACUACCUGGGUGUCAUGCAGUGGGUCAUCACAAAGAUUUCCUGGGUAAUGCAGGUAACAAUGGGAACCUCCUCUACAGAGACUCUCAGUGUGGCAGGGAACAUAUUUGUUGGUCAGACAGAGGCACCGCUCUUGAUUCGUCCUUAUUUAAAGGACAUGACCAAAUCUGAGAUUCACGCUGUCAUGACUGGAGGAUUUGCCACCAUUGCAGGAAGUGUUAUGGGUGCAUUCAUCUCAUUUGGGAUUGAUGCCUCGUCUCUGAUUUCUGCAUCAGUGAUGGCUGCUCCAUGUGCUUUAGCCAUCUCCAAAUUGUCCUACCCUGAAACUGAAAAGAGCAAGUUCACAUCUAAGAGUCAGAUUAAAGUUGAUGGCGGUGGUGAACAGAAUGUCUUGGAAGCUGUCAGCGGUGGCGCAUCUGCAUCAAUAGGACUUGUGACCAACAUCGCUGCUAACUUGAUUGCUUUCCUUGCCAUUUUGGACUUUAUAAAUGCUACUCUGAGAUGGUUGGGAGGCAUGGUGGGAUUCCCAGAUGUCACCUUUGAGAUUCGAUCAGAAAUCAUCUGCACCUAUGCACUGUGUGGCUUUGCUAAUUUCAGCUCUCUUGGUAUUGUGAUUGGAGGCCUGUCCUCUAUUUGUCCACCAAAGAAGAGUGUCAUAUCUACUUUAGUGCUCAGAGCCUUGUUCACAGGCACAUGUGUCUCCCUGAUCAAUGCCUGUGUUGCUGGUAUACUUUUCGUUCCUCCGUUGGACUGUGUGGAUCUGUUUCGAAAUGCAGACUUCAAUACCACUAUACCUAACAUUGAAACUUGCUGUUAUGAUCUUUUCAAAAGCACUAUCAACAAUGGAACAAUUUCUUUCGAGGGGUCCUGGAGUGAAGUGAAAAAUGCAACAAUUUAUUUUGCAAACUGUUGUGGUCUCUAUCAGGAACCCGCUUGCCUGUAGUUUGUCCAAUAAGUAACGAUACAACAAUGCAGAAAACACCUCUGAACUAAAUUAUUUAUUAA